UGUCGUAAAGUGACGCAACAACCGACCCUCCACUGCUUUACAGGCGUGGAAGAACUGAAGCUGACGCCAGAACUUGAUAGAUGAAUUGUAAUUGUUGUUUCCUUGUUUGCCUUUUCUGAUCUGACGCACCCAGUGCUCAGAGAUCUCGUCACUAUUUGUGGAACGCGGUAGCGGUGACCAACGAGGAUGUUUAAAAAAUUUGAUGAAAAGGAGAAUGUGUCGAACUGUAUCCAGCUGAAAACAUCAGUGAUCAAAGGCAUAAAAAAUCAGCUGUUGGAACAGUUUCCGGACAUCGAGUCAUGGCUCAAUCAGAUAAUGCCAAAAAAGGACCCUGUCAAAAUAGUGAGAUGCCACGAACACAUUGAAAUCCUGACAGUGAAUGGAGAAUUACUUUUUUUCAGACAGAGAGAAGGACCAUUUUAUCCAACCCUCAGACUACUGCAUAAAUAUCCCUUCAUUCUCCCACACCAGCAAGUAGACAAAGGAGCCAUUAAAUUUGUCUUAAGUGGAGCCAACAUCAUGUGUCCUGGGCUGACAUCGCCAGGCGCUAAGCUGUUCCCAGCCGAGGCAGACACAGUAGUUGCGAUAAUGGCAGAGGGAAAACAACAUGCACUUUGUGUUGGUGUUAUGAAGAUGUCUGCAGAAAACAUAGAAAAGGUCAACAAGGGGAUUGGAAUCGAGAAUGUUCACUAUCUGAAUGAUGGAUUGUGGCACAUGAAGACGUAUAAAUGAUGAAAUCCACACCUGCAGCACCGGCCAACCCAUCUCACCUCACCCGACCCCCACCCCCUUCACGUGGAAAGUGUGAAGCUCUUAACAGCAAGGCAUUAGCUGCCAGUCAACUGUUUACACCCAUGGACUUUGCUGUGUAACUUGCUGGAGGCUUUGAAUCAAAUUGCCAAUCUGCACAAAUAAACAAAAGUUGCUUUGAAA